AUGUUGGUGGAAAAAUAUAACAAUUCAAUUCCUGCUGAUAUGCAAAAAAUUAUGGAACAAAGAAGUAUGGAAGUUAGGAAACGAAUUAUUGAGAAUAACAACUCAAAGAAGGUUAAGAAAAUUAUUUUACGUGAUGGUAAAUUCAAUGCAGAUAAUGUAGAAUCAAUUGCUCAAUUGAUUGACAGGGCUGCUCUCAAAAUGAAUAGUAAAACUCUGAACAUGGAGGAAAUAUUUGAUUUGAUUUCUGAUUUUGAAUUGGAAGAUUUGACUGAAGUUGACUCAUAUUGUACUGCAAAAGAAAUUGUGACAGCUUGUUUGAAACCUGGAAAGCAAAAUGACACAAAUAUUGGUUUGGAAAGAGUUGUGGAUGACAAGUAUAUUAAGAAGGGGCUUAUAUGGCAUUUAUUAUAUGUUCCUACACAUGGAGUUAGAGAUGCUUCAGAUUGUAAAAAGCUAAAAUAUUGUCCAAGUCCAGAACUCAGAGAUUAUGCUAUUCAUGUUUAUGAAGUAUUUGAUUCAUGUAGUCCAAUUGUAAUUGAACGAGCCACCUACAAACAGAAACAUGAAAAGUUUGGAUUCGGUCUUGAACUUUUACGUGGAUUAUGUGUGGCCAUUAUCCAGGCAAAAUCCAACACUACUCCACAAAGACCACAAUUUUUACCUGACAAGCUAAUGAUUUAUGGUGUGGAUUACUUCCGUAGUAAGGCCGAAGCUGUUUUAAACUAUGGAUUGAUAACUAAAUUACCUGCUUUUAACAAUGUCAUGCUUCUCUCCAGAGAUGAGAUUCCUGGAAUGAUUACCAUGAGUUUAGAGUUAGCUAAUUCAAUGGCUUCACCAGAACAUCCAUUUAUCAAGUCCCCAGGAUUGAGAUCUGCUCUCAUCUCAAGAGGUGAAAACUUUUCAUUGGAAUUUGGAAGAAAUUUGUUUGAAGCUAUGGCUGAAUUAGCAUCACUGGAACCAUGGAAAUACAUUUCCAUCAUUUAUCCACUUCAUGUUUCAAUUACUCAUUCAAAAUUCUCUAAUAAUAUGGAAGUAAAUCCAAGUGAAACCUUGAAACGUUUGUUAAAGAACGACGAUUUAAGUUUAGAAGGUUUAGAGUAUAUGAAUGGAAAGGAGAGAGUAGUGUGUGUGAUGGGUUGUACAGAUCCGAAUGCAACAGGAUUCUCCAUUCUCAAGAAUAUGAGUGAAUUUUCAAAGUUUGUAAGAAAUCCAAAUUUGAUUUCUGAAAUUCCAUCCGUACAGUAUGGUCCAAUUACAAAUAUCAGUUUCCAAGAUUUGGAUGAUAUUAAGGCUUAUUCUUGGCCUAUUCAUAAGGGAAGAACCUAUAGCUAUUAUCCAUUUGUUGUUACAAUUCUGAAGAAUUUCUUCAUUACUAUGGAUAGAACUCUUUUGAGAAGAACAGAGUUGAAGGACUUGAAAUGGAUUGAAGCAUUCUGUAGAGGUUUAUCACAAUUUAUUAGAAAAUGUGUCAAGCAUCCACCUCUCAGUGGUUUGGAAGACAAAACCAACUUUUUGGUUACUGAUGAAUUUUCAAAAACUGGAAUCAAAAUCCAAACAACUGAUGGAGAAGCUUUUGUAAAAAUUAUUGUUGGAAGAGAUAAGGAUGAUGUGGUAAAGAAGUAUCAAUUCCAUGCUGAGGAUGAAGAAGAAGCAGAACAAAAGAUGGUUGAAAUUACCAAAGAAUGGAAGAGGGAAGCUGAAAAUGAAAAACCAAAAGUAUGUGCUGUUUGUGGAGCUACCCAGGCUGAAGGUUCAAAGAAACUCCUCGUUUGUGGCAAAUGCAAGAAGGUUCACUAUUGUUCACGUGAAUGUCAAGAGAAGGAUUGGAAAACUCACAAGAAGGAAUGUCAAAAGUAA